UCUAAUUAAUUUGGCGCAGUGAUGCGUGUUUGAAUGCGGUGUUUGUUUAUAAGCAGGGAACGUGGAAAAGUUUAUUCUCACUCUCCAUCAAAAACAGUUCUUGUGUUGUUGAGAUGGCGACCCCCGGCAGCUCCUCGGCCUCUGACAGGAUGUACUCCCAACUGAUAGACGACGGCAGUUAUGAGGAGUCCAGCCGCAGACCAGAUGUGCAUCAGGGCGAUUACCCAGUCAAAGACCUCAGGCGGAGUGGCCCGGGUCCCUACCGCUUUGCCACCAUCUGCUUGGCUACACUCUGUGCUAUCCUCCUGAUCUCAAUCAUAGCUGUCACCGCUCACUAUAAGAGCAAACCCCCACCUGCUGCUGAAGCAACCGCAGAGAUGCAGAAGGAGAAUGCAAACGUUUCAGCAUUGAUGGCUUCAAUCACAAAACUCCAGCAGGAAAAUAAACAACUGCAGAAAGAAAAAGAAGAGCUGCAGGUGAACCUUACCUCCAUAAUGACAGCCAAAGCCACUGAAGCCACAUGUAAACCGACCAGAGCCCCUAUUGUGUGUCCUACGAACUGGCAUCUCUUCAACGACAGCUGUUACCUCAUUUCUAAAGAUCGCAAAAGUUGGUCUGUCAGCCAAAUGUACUGUCAAAGACAAGGAGGUCAUCUGGCCAUUAUCCUAACAGCUGAAGAGCAGACCUUUUUGUGGGAUCUCCUUCCCAGAGGACACUGGAACUCAUACUGGUUUGGAAUCACCGAUGGAGAGACAGAGGAUGAGUGGAAAUGGGUCGACGACACUCCGCUAGUUGGAGGUUUCUGGGAGGAAAACGAGCCCAAUAACCACAUAAAUGAGGACUGCGGUUACAUCGUCAAGACGCAGGUGAUGGAACGUGUGGCGACAAAGAGCUGGUACGAUGCCCCCUGCAGCAUGGUGUUGCCCUACAUUUGCGAGAAGGAGAUGGGCGGUACCACACAAUAGUGAGAUGUUACCAACAAGACUGGCUAAAGUGAGACCUUGAGUCAGCUGGUCGUUUUAUUUUACAAAGAGGUUGUUUUACUGGAAUAUAGAAUUGGUGUAUCUGUGGUUGUGUUUGUGUGGGAUUUUAUGUAAUUUCAGUAAUUUCUAAUUUGUAUUUGAUUAGAAUGCACUUUAAGAUGCCAACAUUUCUGAUCAUUUGAAAGAAUCAGCAGCAGAUUUUGCAGGAUUAAGUUAAACCACUAUUUAAUCACUAUUAAAUCACUCAAAUUAUUAAAAUGUGUGUAAAAGGGAUCUUGUGAAUUUCCAAUGUUUUUCAGGUUAACUGUAUUUGACCUGUUGUUGUUUCAGCAAUUUAUCAGAUUAACACAAAUAAACUAAAUCUGUGCUAUAGUUUCUAGUCUGCCGUUAAAUCUAGUGGUUUGUUUACCUCUGGUUCUAUGUUUAUCUGUUUAUCUGUUUUUGUCAAGGGCAGUUUAUUACUUUUUAUAAUAAUGCUGCAAAUGAAGAUUUUAAUGAACAAUGUAAAACCCUUUACUGAAAUGAUGUGUUGUAUUUUUUUUAAUCAAUCAUUUGCUUCCAUUAUCAAUAAGCAAAUCCAAAAACCUAUUUUUGACUUUAUAUAUGGCCAUAUUCAUGUUUUAAUCAAGUUUAAAAAAUAUGAAAGGAGUUGUUUUAAGUAUGACAAAAAAUACAGUUAUUCCAAAAAGGAAAUUAACACUAAACAUUCAGGGGCUCAAUUUUCUACUCCGGUCACUCCCAGCAGGUGGCAGUGCAAACUGUCAACAGGUACCUUUGUGAAUUUGCUUAGGCUUCUCAAGCUCCAACUAAUAAACUGGGUUCAUUCAUUAACA